AAGAAGAAGAAGGAGAAGCAGAAUCAGAAGGACGAAGGACAGAAGAAGAGGACAGCUGAUGAGCAGCAUGGAGGAGAAGAAAGAGACCCCUGGAGCUCAGAAACCGAAAGGAAGAGAGAGACGUCACAGCUGUCAGCAAUGUGACAAAUCCUUUACAGCAUCUGGAACUUUAAAGAGCCACCUGCUUAUUCACACAGGAGAAAAACCGUACAGCUGUGAAGAGUGUGGGACAACUUUCACUCAAUCAGUUAAUCUCAAAAGACAUCAACGUAUUCAUACUGGAGAAAAACCUUACAGCUGUGAAGAGUGUGGGAACACUUUCACUAGAUCAGGUCAUCUCAAAAUACAUCAACAUAUUCAUACUGGAGAAAAACCUUACAGCUGUGAAGAGUGUGGGAAAACUUUCACUACAUCAGGUGCUAUCAAAAUACAUCAACAUAUUCAUACUGGAGAAAAACCUUACAGCUGUGAAGAGUGUGGGACAACUUUCACUCAAUCAAGUGCUCUAGAAUCACAUCACCGUAUUCACACUGGAGAAAAACGUUAUUGGUGUGAAGAGUGUGGGAAAACUUUCACUCAAUCAGGUGCUCUAGAAUCACAUCACCGUAUUCACACUGGAGAAAAACCUUACUGGUGUGAAGAGUGUGGGAAAACUUUCACUAGAUCAGGUGCUCUCAAAAGACAUCAACGUAUUCAUACUGGAGAAAAACCUUACAGCUGUGAAGAGUGUGGGACAACUUUCACUCAAUCAGGUCAUCUCGAAAGGCAUCAACGUAUUCAUACUGGAGAAAAACCUUACAGCUGUGAAGAGUGUGGGACAACUUUCACUACAUCAAGUGCUCUCAAAAGACAUCUUCGUGUUCACUCAGGAGAAAAACCAUAGUGGAUUUAAGAGUGUAGGAGCCGCAAUUAAGCAUAUUUUGUUUUUUUCACAGUUUACAAUAAACAAUUCCCAUCUAU